CAGGGAGGAGAGGGAGAGGGAGAAGCAGGCUUCCCUUGGAGCAGGAAGCCUGAUGCAGGGCCCGAUCCCAGGACCCUGGGAUCAUGACCUGAGCCGAAGGCAGACGCUUAACGACUGAGCCACCCAGGCGUCCCAAAUAAAUAAAAUCUUUUUUAAGAAAGAUUUUGUAACAAUAUGGGAAAUAACUUAUGGUGGAUUAAAGAGAGGAAAAGACAAUGCAAAAUGGUAUGUAUUUGAUGGUAAAAACUAUGUAAAAUAUAUACCACAAGAGAAUAUAUUAAUAGUUCAUCAGCUAUGUAGGUUGAUGGGUUCUAAUUUUAUUGUUGUGUCUUCAGAGGACAGGGUCUACAUGAAACCUAUCAUCUGAUGUUUAUUGAGGCCUGCCCUUGUUCUAUUAGGUGGGCAGUUUUUAUAAAUAUUUUCUGUGUGCUUGAAAAGAACAUGUAUUUUCUAUUGAGUAUAGAGUUCUGCAUAGGAUUGUUAAAUCAAGCUUUUUCAUUGUGUUCAGAUCUUUUGUAUUUUUACUGAUCUUUAGUCUGAUUGAUAUAUAACAUUUAGAGAGUGUAUUAAAACCUCCUACUGUGAUUGUGGAUUUGUUCUUUCUCUUCCAAUUCUAUUAAUUUUUGUUUUUUCUAUCGGGGGCUAUGUUGUUAUGUACGUACAAGUUUAGGACUAUCAUAUUUUCUUGAUGAAUUGUUCCUUUUAUCAUUACGUAUUAUCUAUCUUUAUCCCUAGCAAUUUUUUUGGCUUAAACUAUAUUUUGUCUGAUGUAAAUAUAGCCAUACCACUUUUGUCAGUAUUUUCCUUUUUUUAAAGAUUAUAUUUAUUUAUUGAGAAAGAGAGAGACAGUGCACAUGCAUGCAUGUGGGGGGUAGGGGCAGAGGGAGAGGGAGAGAGAGAAUUUUAAGCGGACUCCAUGACAGGUGUGGAACCCGAAGCAGGGCUCGAUCUCACCAUCCUGAAAUCAUGACCUGAGAGGAGAUCAAGAGUUGGACGCUUAACCAGCUGAACUACCCAGGUGCCCCUGUCAGCAUUUUCUUGAUAAAACUUUUCCAUUUUUUGCUUUUAGUUUUUCUGCGAUUUUAUAUUUUAGCUGUGUCUACUGUAAAUAAGAUAUGGCUGGGUCUUCUGACUGAUGACUUUGAUCCAUUUACAUUUAUUUUUAUUCCAGAUAGAUUUGGACCAUGUUUUUGAUCUAAUAUUGUGCUCUUUAUUUACACUAAUUUUUCUAUUGUUUCCUCCUUUCCUUAGGGUGGAAGCUUAAAUUAUUGAUUUAUUUCUCCUUUUCUGAAUCAGCUUUGUAGGAAGGCUGCUGCACUGACAACCUGCUCUGCCUGGAGAGUGAUACCUGGCCAGACUUUGGCGAGCAGAAAAAAUGUCUACUCGCUACCACCAAGCUGCUAGUGAUAGCUACCUGGAACUUUUGAAAGAGGCUACCAAGAGAGAUCUGAAUCUUGCUGAUGAAGAUGGCAUGACUCCCACACUCCUGGCAGCCUACCAUGGGAAUCUGGAAGCCCUAGAAAUCAUCUGCAGCCGAGGAGGGGACCCCAAUAGAUGCGACAUCUGGGGAAAUACUCCUCUGCAUUAUGCAGCCUCCAAUGGUCAUACCCACUGUGUUUCAUUCCUGGUCAACUUUGGUGCCAACAUCUUUGCCCUGGACAACAACUUACAGUCUCCACUGGAUGCUGCUGCCAGCAGAGAGCAAAAUGAAUGUGUUGCUCUCCUGGAUAAGGCUGCCACUGCCCAGAAUAUCAUGAACCCCAAAAAAGUUAUCAGGCUGAAGGAGCAGGCUCAGAAGAAUGCUAGGAGGCAGAUCAAAGAAUGUGAGAAGCUCCAGGAGAAGCACCAAAAUAAGAUGGCUCGCAACUAUAGCAAGGAGGAAUCUGGGACUCUUUCUUCUUCCAAGGGCACUUUCUCCACAUCAUCCCUUUCAAAUGCUUCUGCUUCUGGUACAUUUGGGUCACUGUCUAAGGGCAUUAAAGACACCUUCAAGAUAAAGUUCAAGAAGAACAAAGAUACAGCGGAGCAGGUAGGAAAGGAGAGCAGAAGUGGGCAGAAGAAUGUGAUGGAAGUAUUCAGAGAAGAGGAAGAAGACGCAUUCUCAGGGAACUUCCAAGAUAAGCUGCAGUUCUCAGAAGAGGAGAAUGGAUGUGUGCAACAUGAAUCCAUUCUCAACCGUCCAGGUCUCGGAAAUAUUGUUUUUAGAAGGAACAAAAUAUCAAGUUCCGAAGACAUCUCAGACAGCAAGAGGGAGUUAGGGCUUAAAAUGAGCAGUGAAUUGCUACAGAGACAAGGAGCAGCAGAUGCUGAUGAAGCUGAGGCUGAUAAAGAGGAAGAGGACAACAGCCAUGAAGAUGAGAUGCCUUGGGAUGAGGAUGAAGUGGAGUGGGAGGAAGAUGUGGUUGAUGCUACUCCUCUGGAAGUAUUUUUGCAGUCUCACCAUCUGGGAGAAUUCCUUCCCAUUUUCAUGAGAGAGCAGAUUGAUCUAGAAGCUCUGUUGCUUUGCUCUGAUGAGGACCUUCAGAGUAUACAAAUGCAGCUCGGUCCCAGGAAGAAAGUUCUUAAUGCCAUAAACAGAAGGAAGCAGGUGCUACAGCAGCCUGGGCAACUGGUCGACACCAGCCUCUGAUAGAAUGUUGGGGUCCACAGGGUGAGCCUGCAGCAGCGGGGUGAUGCUGUGGCCCACUGGAAACACUCAGGCAACACCCCCUCUGCCCAAUGCCAGACCACCAGGAAUGGUUUCUAGGGAUUCAGAGAUACCCUCCUAAGAAAGAGGCCCAAACGGUACUCUGAGAAAUACUCAAUACCUGUGUACUCUGACCACCAGUGAGCAACUCAAGGAGACCUGGGAAUAAGAAAAUGGUGUUUCUCUUCAAUUAUCUUUUUGAUAUUUUUGUAUAUAGAAAGGGUUAAAUGGAUGACAGAGAAAGGAAAAACUUUUUUUACUUUUCCAGCUCUGGACUCAAAAAUUAUAAUCUCUCAUCACACAAGUGUGCUGUGUACUUCUGAUUCUCAAAGCCUGGGGACACCCAACUCCAGUUCUGUCCUUAGCUCUAUGACUUUGUCUGUUGGUGGAGACUUGAGUUCCUCCAUUGGCCUGAGACUUCAUGCCCAACUUAAAUGUGCCUAACCCCUUAACAGAUGUUUACAUGUUUACAAGUAAUGGACAUGGGUCUAUAAUACUCCUGCCUGGGAACUGAGAUAGAGUGGCAAGUAGGGAGAGUGAAGAAAGAAAUAGAAUACGGGGUACCUUUUAUAUAAUUUGAAUUGUAUCUCCCCCAAAUUCAUAUGUUGAAACCUUAAGCCCCAACGUAACUGUAUUUGGAGGUAGAACCUUUAAAGAGGUGAUUAAGGUUAAAUGAUACUAUAAGGGUCAUAAGGGACACAAAUGGAUGGUGUCCUUGUAAGAGGAAGAGUCACCGGGGAUGCACAUGCACAGAGAAAAGGUCAUGUGCGGAUACAGCAAGAAGACAGCCACCUGCAAGCCAAAGAGAGAGGCUUCAGGAAAAACCAAACCUUUCAACACCUUGAUCUUGCACUUCCAGCCUUCAGAGCUGUAAGAAAAUAAAUUUCUGUUGUGUAGGCCUCCCAGUCUCUGGUAUUUUGUUAUGGCAGUCUUAGCAGUCUAACAUAGUGCUGAAGCAAGAGGGUAAGAAUGGAGAGAAAAGGGACACCUGGGUGGCUCAUUCAUUAGGCAUCUGCCUUCAGCUCAGGCAUGAUCCCAAGGUCCUGGGAUCAAGCCCCGCAUUGGGCUCUCUGCUCCACAGGAAGCCUGCUUCUCCCUCUCCCACUCCCCCUGCUUGUGUUCCCUCUCUUGCUGUGUCUCUCUCUGUCAAAUAAAUAAAAUCUUAAAAAAAAAAAAAAAAAGAGUGAGAAAAGAAGGAUAGUGAAAAAAGUCUGGCCUACUUCAUAAUUUUUCUAAAGGUAAGUGGCUUCUGAAAUUUCAAAAAGGGGGAAAAAUCUAGGUCAUUUGUAGGAGAAAGCUGAUGGUAAAAGGAAAUUUUACAUUUUCAUGCUUAUUAUGUGCAUAUCUUUUAUUUACUGUUGUCUGCCACCAUCACCACAUGUCUGAAUACAAGGAAGUUCUAAAAUAUAAAUUGGCAGCAUUGCUGCUGACAUUUUUGAAUGGCAAUCCCACAUCCAAAUUGAAGCCCUACUG